CACGUGUACAGACUCAAAAACUUAACCGUGGUUGCCAGUUGUACUGUCAGAGAAAAAAGAGGUGGAAAAUGGUUCGUUCUUUGUUCUUCUUGGCCUGUCUGGUCUUCCUUGCUUUUGCAGACGAAGAAGAUGACCCUGGUGAUGUCAUAGUGUUGGAUGACUCCAACUUUGCCGAAGGAGUCAAUGUUGAUCUCAUUUUGGUCGAGUUUUAUGCUCCAUGGUGUGGCCAUUGCAAACGUCUUGCUCCUGAAUAUAAACAAGCAGCCACACUAUUGAAACAAAGUGACCCACCAGUUCCACUGGCAAAGGUUGACUGCCCUGCUAAUACUGCUAUAUGCAACAAGUAUGGAGUCUCUGGCUAUCCUACACUCAAGAUAUUCAGAAAUGGCGAAAUCAGCUCCGACUAUAAUGGACCAAGAUCAGCACCUGGUAUUGUUUCUUACAUGGAAAAACAAAGUGGACCCAGCUCUAAAGAACUUGGGUCUGUACAAGAUUUGAAGAAUUUCAUUGAUAGUGACGAACAUACAGUCAUUGGGUUCUUCACUGGUGACGACAGCAAACUGAGGACAGCCUUCAUGUCAACUGCUAACUCGAUGAGAGAGGAUUUCAAAUUCGCUCACACGACGGCAUCAGAAGUACUAGAGGAAUAUGGAUACUCGGAUCAGGUAGCUAUAUUCCAGCCUCCUUACAUGGUAACGAAAUUGGAUCCGUCGCCAUUUGUGUAUGAAGGAGAUGCUACUGCUAGUGCACUGAGAGAAUUCAUUGAAUCAGAGCAUAUGGGUAUUGCUGGUGUAAGAUCUACUGAUGACGUGAAGUUUUAUGACGAGAAGCCGCUCUGUGUUGUGUAUUAUGAUGUCGACUAUACUAAGAAUCCUAAAGGUACAAACUAUUGGCGUAACAGGGUUAUUAAGGUUGCUAAGCAGUUUGCUGAUGAUGGAGUUCACUUUGCCGUGUCCGAUAAUGAAGAUUUCAGAAAUGAAGUCGAAGCACUGGGACUCACUGGCAAAGAACCAACUGCUGGUAUUUAUGAUGCUAAGGGAAAAUACGCCAUGUCAAAGGACUUCAGUGUUGACUCACUGAAGGAAUUUGUGCAGGACUACCUGGAUGGGAAACUUGAGCCUCAUAUUAAAUCGGAACCUGUUCCUGCUGAUAAUACAGGACCCGUUACAGUUGUUGUUGGUAAGAAUUUUGAUGAAAUUGUAAACGAUGAUUCCAAAGAUGUCCUGAUUGAAUUCUAUGCCCCAUGGUGUGGCCAUUGUAAAGCACUUGCACCUAAAUAUGACGAAUUAGGAGACAAACUAAAAGGUGAUACCAAUAUUGUCAUUGCUAAAACUGAUGCCACUGCUAAUGAUUAUCCACCACAGUUUCAAGUCCAAGGAUAUCCUACCAUUUUUUGGGUACCAGCUGGCAAUAAAUCCAACCCACAAAGAUAUGAAGGUGGUAGAGAAGUCUCUGAUUUCUUAAAGUUCAUUAAAGACAAUGCUACCAAUAAACCUGUUAAGGUUGAAGGAGAGAAAAGCAAGAAAAAGAAGAAGGAGCUGUAAUGAACUAUUGUUUUGCAUCUUUUUUUGUAACAAUUAAAAAAUUUAA